AUGUCCUUCACCGUCUACGACGCCGCCAUCCCCAGCUCCAAUGAUGCCCUCAACUCUCUCCUGUCCAUCCUCAAGAAGGGCCAGGCCUCUCCCGUCGCCGACAAGCUGCCCUCUGCCAAACUAUACGACGACAUGCUGCCUCUGACCUUCCAGGUCCACGUUGUCUGCGACACCGUCCAGAAGAUGGUUGCCCGCGCCACCGGGGCCGAGCCCCAGAAGUGGGAGAACAACCUGAGUUCCUUUGACGACAUGUACGCCCGCAUUGCCCAGGCCCAGGAGGUGCUCGAAAGGGCCGACAAGGCCACCAUUAACGACAAGGCCUUUGCCACCGUUCCCCUGGGAAUGGGCCCCGGCAAGGAGAUCCAGAUCCCCAGCGUCCGCUACAUUGGCGCCUACGGCCUGCCCAACAUCUACUUCCACCUUUCCAUGACCUAUGCCAUUAUGCGCAAUCAGGGCGUGCCUCUGGGCAAGAGUGACUAUCUCGGUGCCUUUAUGGCCCAGCGUUUGCCGAAGGAGUAA